AUGUCACCCGAGACAGGCUGGUCAAGCGUAUCGACAUUUGUUGCGCGUCACACUCAGAACUUUUCGGCAGCAGAUGUAUUGGAACCGCAUUGGGGUUAUGCCGACCGAGCUCUUCCGUGUACGAGUGGUGCUGCCACUUGCGCCUACCUCGAUAUCGUCUACUCGGCACAUGAUCGAGGCAUGACAUACGCCGCUGUCUUUUGGCUCCUCAUCUUUGCGUUGCUCUUUGUAUGCGCCGUUGUCACCUGGUCCCGCCGCUCCCAGAACCCCAUCGUCCAACCUCGAAAGGCGUGCGUGGUCAAGAACAAGGAGUCUUGGGUAGUUUCCAGUACCAGGCCGAUGUCGACUCUGGAAAGAUGGUCAAAGGCAGCCACGGCCACUCGCAGAUCAUACUUGCUUCCGAAUUGCAGAGGGACCUACUUCUUCAACCGCGUCACUCGAGCCCAGGUGGUCGUUCUCGCCAUCAUCACCAUCUACAUGAUCAUCUUUUCCUUCGUUGGCAUGGCUUACCGCUCUUGGUCUGUUCCCACCAAGAACAGCCAAAAGAGUACUAUUCGUUCCUCGUUGGGUCCUUUCUCUGACCGCGUCGGAGUACUGGCAUUCGCCCUAACCCCCUUGUCUAUCCUCCUCGCUAGUCGUGAAUCACUCCUUUCGGUCCUCACCGGCUUGCCAUAUCAUCACUUUAAUUUUCUUCAUCGAUGGGUCGGGCACAUUAUCUUUGCUCAAUCGGCUAUCCACACCAUCGGGUGGUGUAUCAUCGAGAUUCGUCUUUACCAGCCACAGCCCGCCAAAGCACUCCAACUCAUUCAGGAGACUUACCUAAUUUGGGGCAUCGUAGCCAUGACGGCUCUCCUUGCUCUUUGGAUCCUUUCCACACCAUGGUGCCGCCGAAUCUUUGGUUACGAGUUCUUCCGCAAGGCUCACUACGUCCUCGCCAUGGUCUUCAUCGGAGCUUGCUGGGGACACUGGGAACAACUCAAGGUUUUCCUUCUGCCCUCUCUGCUCCUUUGGGGAGCCGAUCGUGCGCUUCGUCUGCUCAGGACCGCUUGCAUUCACUACGGCGUACUUUCAGAUGGCUCAGUCGGAUUCAGAAUCAUCCACAGCACUUUCCAAGUCUUCUCUGACACUGAGCAUGGCCAUGUGGUUAGGCUUGACUUUGAGCACCCCCACUCUGGUCGUCCUUGGAAAGUGGGUCAACACUUCUUCCUCACCUUCACUGACACAAGCAUCUGGCAGUCGCAUCCUUUCACUCCCCUCAGCUUUCCGGUCGCCGAUGGUGGAAGUGUGAGGCAUUCGUACCUGAUCCGAGCAAAGAGCGGCGACACAAAGAAGCUUGCUCGUACGCUCCUUUCCAAGGAUCCAAAGGUAAAAUCGACAGGUGUCAUUCUUACUGGUCCCUACGGAAUCGACAUCAUGUCCACGAGACAGACUAGUCCAACAAAUGUGCUCUGCAUCUCGGGUGGCACUGGCAUCACGUUUACGCUCCCUGUCCUUACGGCGCUUUCUCAAAACGUAUGCAACACUGACGAUCAAGUUCAGCUCAUCUGGGCCGUUAAACGCACCCGGGACAUCUUGUGGGUUCAGGACGAGCUCUUGGCCAUGAUCAAGCUCGCACCUAGGCUUUCGAUCCGCAUCUUCAUCACUGGGUCUAGAGAUCCUGCUUCAAAUUCUCCGAGCCUAGAAUCGGGGCACGAGGGCAAACGGGACUCAACUUCGUCUGUAGCAGAGCCCAGCUCGUCUUUAUCUCACAAGGAAACUGACGACGUUGCGGAUGCGGAUGCGGUGCAGGUACACCCCUCCCUUGCCAAACUCAUCUCGGGCUACACUCGACCCAACCUUCAGACAGCUUUUUCGGACUUCUCGCAAGCAGUGAGCUUCGGUUCGAUCAAGGUAUAUGUUAGCGGUCCCGAUUCCAUGACAAGUCAGGCAAGGUCUUUCGUUGCAUCAUCCAACAAGCCGUUAGAGAUACUCAAGGGGAAUCCGGCGUACGAUGUCGAGCUGAUUACCGACGAGCGCUUCGAUUGA